CCCGGCGCGCCCGCAUGGGCCCGCGCUGAGGCCCCGGCUGAGAGUCCUGAGCGCGGAGUCGGCGUCUGCCCGCUCAGGGGGUGUUCAGACCUGGGGGGGCUAGCGCCCCCCAAACUCGGAUCGGAUCCAACCGGAGUGAGGCGGCGCCAUGGAGGUCCGAGCUCUGCUCUGCUGGGCUUCGCUUGCGGCUGCUUUAGAAGAGACCCUACUGAACACGAAAUUGGAGACUGCCGAUCUGAAGUGGGUGACUUUCCCCCAGGUGGACGGGCAGUGGGAGGAGCUGAGUGGCCUGGAUGAGGAGCAGCAUAGCGUGCGGACCUACGAGGUGUGUGAUGUGGCGCGGGCCCCCGGCCAGGCCCACUGGCUGCGUACCAGCUGGGUCCCCCGGCGAGGCGCCAUCCACGUGUACGCUACCCUGCGCUUCACCAUGCUCGAGUGCCUGUCCCUACCGCGUGCUGGGCGCUCGUGCAAGGAGACCUUCACUGUCUUCUACUUUGAGAGCGACGCUGACACGGCAACGGCCCUCACACCAGCGUGGAUGGAGAAUCCCUACAUCAAGGUGGACACAGUCGCUGCUGAGCACCUGACUCGGAAGCGUCCGGGGGCCGAAGCAACAGGGAAGGUGAAUGUCAAAACGCUGCGUCUGGGCCCACUCACCAAGGCUGGCUUCUACCUGGCCUUCCAGGACCAGGGCGCCUGCAUGGCCCUGUUGUCCCUGCACCUCUUCUACAAGAAGUGUGCCCAGCAGAUCAUGAACCUCACCCACUUCCCGGAGACCGUGCCUCGAGAGCUUGUGGUAUCCGUGACAGGGAGCUGCGUGGCAGAUGCUGUCCCUGCCCCGGGCCCCAGCCUCAGCCUCUUCUGCCGGGAGGAUGGCCAGUGGACUGGGCCACCAGUCACUGGUUGCAGCUGUGCUCCAGGGUUCGAGGCCACCGAUGGGAAUUCCAAGUGCCGAGCCUGUUCCCAGGGCACCUUUAAGCCCCUCUCUGGGGAGGGCUCCUGCCAGCCAUGUCCAGCCAACAGCCACUCCAACACCAUUGGCUCCCCCAUCUGUCAGUGCCGCAUUGGGUACUUCCGAGCCCACACAGAUCCCCGGGGUGCACCCUGCACCACCCCUCCCUCCGCUCCAAGAAGCGUGGUUUCUCGCUUGAAUGGCUCUUCCCUGCGUCUGGAGUGGAGUACCCCUCUGGAGUCAGGUGGCCGGGAAGACCUCACCUAUGCCCUCCGCUGCCGGGAGUGCCGCCCUGGGGGUUCCUGCACGCCCUGCGGAGGAGACCUAACCUUCGAUCCUGGCCCCCGAGAGCUGGUGGACCCCUGGGUGGCAGUUCGUGGACUGCGUCCUGACUUCACCUAUACCUUUGAGGUCACCGCCUUGAAUGGGGUAUCCUCCUUAGCCACCGGACCUGUCCCGUUCGAGGCUGUGAAUGUCACCACUGACCGAGAGGUGCCACCCCCAGUGACUGACAUCCAGGUGACACGGUCAUCACCCAGCAGCUUGAGCCUGGCGUGGGCUGUUCCCCGGGCACCCAGUGGGGCCGUGCUAGACUAUGAAGUCAAGUAUCAUGAGAAGGGUGCGGAGGGUCCUAGCAGCGUGAGGUUCCUGAAGACGUCAGAAAACCGGGCAGAGCUUCGGGGGCUGAAGCGGGGAGCCAGCUACCUGGUACAGGUGCGGGCACGCUCCGAGGCUGGUUACGGGCCCUUCGGCCAGGAGCACCACAGCCAGACCCAGCUGGAUGAGAAUGAGAGCUGGCGGGAGCAGCUAGCCCUGAUCGCAGGCAUGGCGGUGGUGGGCGUGGUGCUGGUCCUGGUGGUCAUCGUCAUCGCCGUUCUCUGCCUCAGGAAGCAGAGCAGCGGGAGAGAAGCUGAGUACUCGGACAAACAUGGACAGUAUCUUAUUGGGCACGGUACUAAGGUCUACAUUGACCCCUUCACUUACGAAGACCCGAAUGAGGCUGUGAGGGAAUUUGCAAAAGAGAUUGAUGUCUCCUACGUCAAGAUUGAAGAGGUGAUUGGCGCAGGCGAGUUUGGUGAGGUGUGCCGGGGUCGGCUCAAGGCCCCCGGGAAGAAGGAGAGCUGCGUGGCCAUCAAGACCCUGAAGGGUGGUUACACAGAGCGGCAGCGGCGAGAGUUCCUGAGCGAGGCCUCCAUCAUGGGCCAGUUUGAGCACCCCAACAUCAUCCGUCUGGAAGGUGUGGUCACCAACAGUGUGCCGGUCAUGAUUCUCACUGAGUUCAUGGAGAAUGGCGCCCUGGACUCCUUCCUGCGGCUGAAUGAUGGACAGUUCACAGUCAUCCAGUUGGUGGGCAUGCUACGGGGCAUCGCCUCAGGCAUGCGGUACCUUGCUGAGAUGAGCUACGUCCACCGAGACCUGGCUGCCCGCAACAUCUUAGUCAACAGCAACCUUGUCUGCAAAGUUUCUGACUUUGGCCUUUCCCGAUUCCUGGAGGAGAACUCUUCUGAUCCCACCUAUACUAGUUCUCUGGGAGGAAAGAUUCCCAUCCGAUGGACAGCCCCUGAGGCUAUCGCUUUCCGGAAAUUCACGUCUGCCAGUGAUGCCUGGAGUUAUGGGAUAGUGAUGUGGGAGGUCAUGUCAUUCGGGGAACGGCCAUACUGGGAUAUGAGCAAUCAGGAUGUGAUCAAUGCCAUUGAACAAGACUACCGGCUGCCCCCACCCCCAGACUGCCCAACCUCCCUGCACCAGCUCAUGCUGGACUGUUGGCAGAAGGACCGGAACGCACGGCCUCGCUUCCCCCAGGUGGUCAGCGCCCUCGACAAGAUGAUCCGGAACCCUGCUAGCCUCAAAAUUGUGGCCAGGGAGAAUGGCGGGGCCUCACACCCACUGCUGGAUCAGCGGCAGCCUCACUACUCAGCUUUUGGUUCUGUGGGUGAGUGGCUUCGUGCUAUCAAGAUGGGAAGAUAUGAAGAAAGUUUUGCAGCUGCUGGGUUUGGCUCUUUUGAGCUUGUCAGCCAGAUCUCCGCAGAGGACCUGCUCCGAAUUGGAGUCACUCUGGCAGGACACCAGAAGAAAAUCCUGGCCAGUGUCCAGCACAUGAAGUCACAGGCCAAGCCUGGAGGCCAAGGCGGGUCUGGAGGACCAGCCCCCCAGUACUGACCUGCAACUCCGGACCUGGCCCCCCAGCUCUGGAGCGACGAGAACUCCCAUGCCGGGGAUACAGCUCCCUGGCUUCCUGGGGCAGUCGGGUAGGGAACCAAGGGCCCCUACCCCUGUGCCCCACUGGAUUGCACUUUGAAUCUGUGGGGAUGGGGAGUUGGCAAUUUGGAGAGAGGAUUUAGGGAUUCUGCCAUAGGGGUAUGUAGAAGUGACGUGUAUCCCCAGGCAGAAAACCCCACACCCAGGAUGGGGUUUGUUGAGAGAAAAGGACACGCCCAUAGUCUGCCAACUUCCUCUUAAGAGGGUUGGGCGUGGCCCCCACAGCCUCUCUCUGAUCUCCAAUUAGGGCCGGCCCCAGGUGUCUCCCUCACCCUGAGGGGCCAUGGGGCCCUGCAGAUCCUACAGACCAAAGAGAGGAGGGUGACUAGCCUGCGAGCUCGGGAAUGGAGCGCAGCCAAGGGAGGCAGGAAGGGGUGUCGAGACCCAGUGACAAAGUCAUUGGACUUGGGUGUCCCAACCUGCUGCUGUCUCCACCGAACUCACUUCCCUUGUAAAUGCCCUUCCCCCUUCUGCUGCCUUCAUAUUGAAGGCUUUUGAGUUUUAUUUUUUGGUUUUGGUUUUAUUGUUCCUUCCCUUUUUUUCAUUUUUGUUUGUUUUGUUUUUUUUAACUUCCUUGUCCUAACUUUUUGUGUGGAAGGGACCUGUUUCAUUGUUGCCUCCUUUGCCCACGUUGAAACAGGGACCCAUCGUGGUGCCCGUUUCCUGAACAGUGCCUUGGUCACGCCACGACCCCCAGAUACUUCCCUUCCUCCCAGGUUCCCCCACCCUGUGUCCAUGAGGGAAUAUGAGGGGCAAGGUGGUGGUGGAAGUCAGAGACAGACACCGGUGCUUGGAGGGGCUCUUAAAUUAUAUUUAAAACUUUUGUUUUUAUAUAAAUAAAAAAAAAUGGGAAGUAUCUCAGUCUGGGGUGAUU